UGAUCCUGGCAGUUUACUUCCUGGUUGAACAGGAGAAUUAUUUCGAUCAUCAUGGAUGGAGUUCCAACCAAAGUGUGUCCAAGUGACGCUGUAAAAAUCCCAGAAAGGGUUUUACGCCGGGAUCAGGAGAGACUGGAAGAAUUAGAGCGCCGCAAAAAUGCCAAAGAGAGCCAGACAGUUUCGGAGGAAAAAAUCGGUUACUUUAGAGCUGCGUUUAGUGCGGAGAAGGCUAAUAUUGAGGACUUGCUAUCAAGCUGCACGCAGACUGACCACCAGAAAGCCAUCAAGGUUUUAGAGGAGGCGACCAACAAGAUUCAACACCUCCAGAAAUUCCUGAACGACAGCACGGUAUUUCUCACACAGUACGAACUGAGACAGGCUCAAGAAUCCCUGCAGAAACUGCAAGGCUCCAUAGCUGAGAAAAGAGCAGAGGUGAUGCCCAAAAAGAAGUUCGCUUUCCGGUCCCGUACCGCCGGGACGAGCCUGCAGCCUGCAGUCACUCCCUCCAGCACUGAAGGACAACUACAGACAGAUCCCGGGAAUUCUGUGGUGGACUCUGUGGUGGAACAGUGUGGCUUCUCAAAUGUCCAAAAUGAAAUUUUAAUCAAACACUCAGAAGAGAUCCAGCAACGGGACGUCCUGUUGUCUCACCUGACCAACUGCAAGGUGAGACUUUACGGCUCCCCGAGUACCCUGCAUAUUAAAAAUGUCAGAGGUUGCCAGAUACUCUGUGGGCCUGUGUCCAGUUCAGUGUUCGUGGAUGAGUGUAAAGACUCCACUCUGGUACUGGCCUGUCAGCAGCUGCGCACCCACAACACCACAUCGACCCAAAUAUACCUCCAUGUCACUAGCCGAGCAAUAAUAGAGGACUGUCAUGGUGUCUCUUUUGCUCCUUUUAACUGGACUUAUCAUAAACUGGAUGAUGAUUUUCGAGUCUCUGGAUUGGAUCCCAAAAGAAACAAUUGGUCUCAAGUGGAUGAUUUCAACUGGCUUGCUGCUGGAACGCCUUCGCCUAACUGGGCUGUAAUUCCAGAGUCUGAGAGGACAUCUAGCUGGGAUACUGCAGAGCCGAAAGCAUGAUCUGGCAUAUUUAUUUGAACUUUUUGAUUAAUGAUAUGGCCAAAUUCUGAUUGUCAUUCCCAUACUAACAGAUUGCUUUACUUAAUGAGAUGUCUUAAAAUCCCCUUUUAAAAAUAAACAUGGCCAUGUCAAAUGCA